AUGGACAAUGAUAUCUUUGUUUCUUGGACACUAACCGUCCACAUUACACCCCAAAGACAGAAAUUAUACAAAUACUAUUUAGUUACGCCCGCUGGCCAUAAAACACUUGCUGCUACAGCUUUGCAUAAAGAUCCCAAACACGAUACCUACAAAUACAGCGAAGCAUUCAUUGAACAACAUUUUGCCCUCGUUGAAGACGUUGGCCUUCUUGAGCUUAAAUAUGCUAUUUCCAUUGCUAAGUGGUUGGAACGCGUCCUCAUGUUUGUUUCUCCGCACCCACCAGAUGCUCCUCUUCCUCACUUCAUACCUGAUAUAUAUGGCCCCCUACCAUGCUGUUUCACAAUUCGUUUUACAAAAACUCAAACACUGCGAUUGCCGCAUGAUCUUAUUCCAAUGAUACAACACUGCAGACAGCCAUUCCUAACCAUCAAAGGAAAAAAUGCACAUUGGCUGAUUGCCUUGAGAAACUUUCAAUUUGCUGAAGGAUGGAAUCAAUUUGCAGCAGACCAUAAACUAACCACAGGUGACAUCAUUCUAUUUAAAUAUUUAGCAAACAUGGAGUUCAACGUAGCCAUCUUUAAAAAAAACUGCCAGCAAUAAAUAUUUCCUUGGACAACACAAUUAACCCAAAAACUCCACCC